AGGUGUACAAUGCACGGUACCGCGUCUUGGCGAAGCUGGGUUGGGGGCACUUCUCCACAGUCUGGCUCUGCGAGGAUGCGCGCGAGAGGCGCUUCGUGGCCAUGAAAGUCCAGAAGAGCGCCCCGAAUUACGUGGACGCCGCUUACGACGAGAUCGAGCUGCUGUCGCAGUCUGCGAACCCGGAGGGCGGUGCGCGCCAAGCCUGGGAGCAGGAGCAGCUGAGCAGCCUGGCGGACCUCCUUCCCUGCGCAUCCGCCGUCAGCGGCGUGGUGACGCUGCUGGACCAGUUCGAGCACACGGGGCCGAACGGCAAGCACGUGUGCAUGGUGUUCGAGAUCAUGGGGCCGAACGUGCUCGCCCUCAUCAAGCGCUACAACUUCAAGGGUGUUCCGCUCGACGUCGCCCGCAAGGUAGCGGCGCACACCCUCAUCGGUCUCGACUACCUCCACAGAGUCUGCAACAUCAUCCACACCGAUCUGAAGCCCGAGAAUGUUCUGGUCGGUUGCCCAUUCGGCGUGCCUGUGAACAAGCACGGCGUGCCGCUCAUAGGACAUUUCGACGAGGCCACCUUGGCGCAAAAACGCGAUACGAUGCUUCAGCGUCUGCUGGCCGGCAGGGCGAAGAAGAGCGACAAGAAGAAAAAGAAGGAAAAGAAGGCGAGCGCCGCCGCGCAGCCAGCGUCGCAGCAGCCCUUCCCCCCGUCGAUGCGCUCGUACCUGGCGGCGCGCGGCUGCCUGGACGCGGUGGACCCCGGGCUGGGCUGCCAGGACCCGCCCUACAUGCGCCCGCUGCUCAAGCCCUCGCCUUCUGACCCCACGCUCGUCUCCAGCUACGGUGACCUGGCCGCGCACCUGCGGCCCCCGUACCACCACCUCCUGGAAAGGCUGUACUCCGACAAGGGCAGCUCGCCGCCGGGCAGCAGCGGGGGCCCCGCCGCCCGUGGCCCGAGACCCCCCAGGGUGCCGCCGCCAGGCUACCGGGCAGACCUAUCCGAGCUUGACCAGAACCUGCUCGGCCAGGUGAUGGGUCUGGACCUGUUUGCGCACGACGCGGUGACGUACAAGGUGGCGGACUUGGGGAACGCCUGCUGGGUGGACCGGCACUUUUCGGACGACAUCCAGACCCGGCAGUACCGCUCGCCAGAGACGAUCAUCAACGCCGGCUACGACACGUCCGCCGACAUAUGGUCACUCGCGUGCAUGAUCUUCGAGCUCGUGACUGGUGACUACCUGUUUGACCCGAAGGCUUCUGACGAGUACCCGCGCGACGAGGACCACCUCGCCCUGUUUAUGGAGCUGCUGGGGCCAAUGCCGAAGCAGCUUAUCAGUCAGGGACGCAAGUCCCCGACCUACUUCAACCGCCGCGGCGAGCUGCGCCACAUUAAGCGGCUGCGCUACUGGAGCCUGGAGGAGGUGCUCAAGCAGAAGUAUCAGAUGCAUCCUGUCGAGGCCUGCAACCUCGCCUCGUUCCUGCUCCCCAUGCUCCGGCUCGGCCCGGCGGAGCGCAGCACCGCCGGGCAGCUCCUGCAGCACCCGUGGCUCCGAGGGCAACUCAGCCCGGAGGCCGCGGCCAUUGUACAACAGCACGCAUAGGUUUGCCAUCGAAAA